AUGGCUCAUGUCAUCUGCGCUCCUGCCAUCUCCUCCUUUCAUCAUCUCGUGAUCAUCCCGUCGCCAUUCCAUGUCCACCCGUGUUCGUCCCAUGUGCAUACCCUGCUGAUCCCCCAUGCCUGUGAUGUAGCGCACUUUCAAAACGACCCGGGGCUGGCGCUGGACUGGGUGAAGGAGGUGACCCCAGCUGACCACUUCCAGAAGAACCUUGGCCUGGACCUGUUAGAUGGGGUGACCCCCACGGCGAGCUUCCAGAAGGACUUGGGGCUGGACUCGCUAGACGGGGUGGAGGUGGUGAUGGCGUUUGAGGAGGACGCAGCAGUGAAGGGCGCUUCUCUCUCCGCCAAUCGCCUAUCAGUAGCUCCCAUCGUCGCUCCCCGCGGUCUCGGCGUGACCGCCCUCCUCGGCUUCAAUAAGGCCGCCGUCCCCGCUAAGACCUCCCCCGUAAAGAAGCAACUGCGCACCGAGGACGGCAUCUUCGGCACAUCCGGCGGCUUCGGCUUCACGAAAGCCAAUGAGCUCUUCGUGGGGCGCGUGGCGAUGCUCGGAUUCGCGGCGUCGCUGCUGGGCGAAGCGGUAACCGGGCAGGGAAUCCUUUCGCAACUGAACCUGGAGACGGGCAUCCCCAUCACGGAAGCCGAGCCGCUGCUUCUCUUCUUCAUCGCAUUCACCGUGCUCGGCGCCAUCGGCGGGCUGGGCGACCGCGGGCGAUUCGUGGACGACGAGGCGCCGGCGGGUCCGCCGGUGAAGCCGGGGAGCGUGAAGGCGGCGCUGGGGUUGAGCGAGGAGGGGCCGCUGUUCGGGUUUACCAAGUCAAACGAGCUGUUCGUGGGGCGCAUGGCGCAACUGGGGUUCGCGGCGAGCCUGGUGGGCGAGGUGAUCACCGGGCGAGGCGCGCUGGCGCAGCUGAAUAUCGAGACUGGCUUGCCCGUGUGGGAGCUGGAGCCGCUGCUGCUCGCCAGCAUCGCCUUCUUCUUCAUCGCCGCUAUCAACCCCGGUACAGGGAGGUUCAUUAACGAUGACGAGUAG